GUUUUUGAUAGGUAAUGGGUCCAUACUUAACAGAAAUCACCCGAACAGAAAGCAGCAAAAGUUAAAAAAUUCGGCUUUAUUUUCAUCGAAUAAAGUACUGUUUCCUUUAGUUUGGUUGAUUUUUAUAUAAUAGAUCUAUAGGCCAUUUAUUAUUAUUAUUAUUAGAAUAUAGAUCGUUAUUCGUAUGUUUUACCUAUGGAAAAGAGUAGUAAUUACAUUCGUUAUGACUAAGGUUUUACUUUUCAUUUUACAGUGAGUACCGCUGGCGGAAAAGUCGAUUUGAAAAUAGUUUUAUUGGGAAAGGAAAAUAGUGGAAAAACAAGUUUAGUAGAGAGAUACGUGUAUGAUAGAUUCGCUCCCAAGUAUCAAAGUACAAUUGGUGCAGCUUUUGGAGCAAAAAAGAUAACUCCUAAAGGUAGUUCGAAGGCGUAUGUAGCAGGCAUAUGGGAUACUGCUGGUGCUGAGCGAUAUGAAGCAAUGAGUAGGAUAUAUUAUAGAGGAGCCAGAGCAGCAAUUGUAUGCUACGAUAUUACUGACGAUACGAGCUUCGAUAGAGUUAAGCACUGGGUUAGAGAAUUAAGAAAAAAUGAAGAGAAUUGUCUAGUAUAUUUAUGCGGUUGCAAAAAAGAUCUUGUUCACGAAAAUAAACAAAUAAGAAAAGUUGAUUAUCACGACGUAAACGAUUAUGCAGAUGACAUUAAAGCAAAACUCUUCGAAACUUCAAGCUUAUUAAACGAUGGAGUAGCUGACGUAUUUCAAACAAUCGUCAAUGACUACUACGAAGAUGAAACGAAAAUGUCAGCUAAAAAUGGAGGAAACGAUCCAACGAAUACCUCAAGUGUGUCACUAAGAUUAACGGGGAAACGAUCGUUUUGUUGUUUCAAUAGGUAAACGUUUCUAAAGUUUACCUAAGAAUUAUUAAGCUUUAUACAAUUAAGACACUUGAUUCAAUUAUAUACUGUAAACUGUAAAAAAAAAGUAUUUCCUACAAAGAAGAGGAAAAUUAUUAAUAAUUCUGCAUAUUCCCCUGGAGAGAUUCUAUGUUAUAAGGAAUAAAAGAUGUACUGUAUAUUGUAUAUAGAAUUUUUAAAAAAUUUCUCUCAAGAGAAAAAAUACACGAAAAUAAUCGCAACUUGAUUUUUGUUGAACAUUUACCUAACCAACAAAACAUAUAUAUAACAAACUUAAAAUUGGAUAGAAUAUAGACUUCGUUAACAGACUUUAUGUUAAAUGAAACGGAGAAACUGUUGUAUAAUUUACUAAAUUUAUGAACUAUAAUGAAAUUUUGAUAUCAAGUUGAAUUGUUGUCAUUGUCUAGUUGUUUGUUCUUGUCUGAUCGCUUUUUCUGGCGUUCUUGUUUUAGAGAUCCUCUACGAAAUUUAUUAAGGCUAAACAUUCUUUUCAUACCGGAAAGUGAUGCUUUCCUUGUGGAGAAACCUAAUGUCACUCUGGAUGAUGAUAUUGGACUUCUCCGUCGAACGGAUAAUGUACCCCAAUCGUGGUCUGUUCCACUUACAGGGCUUCGUGAAGGAGGUUUUGCGGCUAGUUCUCUGGCAGAACAGUCAGGCAUAUUAAGUACAGGCGUUGUUUCGUGAAAGCUCGAAUAGUCAAUUUUAUAUUUUCCAUUAUCCUUCUGAUAAGUUAUUAGUGGAGAUAGACGAUGAGCCCAAAGAAUCUCACACGGUAGGUAAGACGUUCUUACCUGAGUGACCAUACCGGAGGACUCAAUAGUUCCUUCGAGUAUUACUAUUAAUUCAAAAGAUUCAGAGAAUAAACUAUCAGCACUAACAUCAAAUAGAGGAGAUUCAGAGUUAAUUUUAUGCACAACAGUUGAUGGCCAGGCUAAGAAUACCUCGUUAUCAUCUGAUUUUUCAUUAUGCACCUUUAUCGUUUGCUGAUAGAGAGGAAGCGUUUCUCCUUCCCUUGUCAUUUUAUUUUUAACUAUUAUAGCUCGAACUGUAACGGCAACUAAUUGAGAAUGUCUCAUAUCUCCGACUCUAAAAACCAAACAGUAUUCACCGUCACGUAUGCAAAUUACAGCAUUUUUUGAGAACAUAAUUGUUUCACCUCGUCUCCUUGGUCUUGAUAAUUUUGCAAAUAUCAAGCCAGUGAGCAGUGAUUGAAUGAGUAGCCCGAAACAUGUCUGACAGCAUAAUAGGAAGAUAGCGAUUUUGCACCUUGUAUUGAUAACUCGCCUCCCGUAGCCGAUUGUGUGCUGAGUUUCUAUAGAAAAAAGGAAGGAAGAGGCGAAGUCAUUGACGUAUUGAACACAGGCAUAAUCUAAUUCCGCUUCAUCUUCGAAUAGUCUAGCGGUGUCUUCGUUCCACCAGCAGAUGAGAUACCAGGCAACGGCGAAUAAUAGGAAUGACAUAAUAAAUAUGAAUACGCCCAAAAGUAAUGUAUAACUCCAUUGAAGAUCUAGUAGAGUUGUAAAUAGGUCUAACAUAAAUCGACGUCGCCUUUGGGAGACAUUUGUAAAAGUUAGAUUAGUUUCUCCUGACUUAUGCACUAGUCGGCGCUGAUGUCUUUGUGCCCAUAAUCUCCCUCUUUUUACUAAUGAGUUGACGUCUGUGUUCUGUUUAGGACAACCAUCGUCAUCCUCAUUUGGCACUGAGUUAUAACGUCUAAUUUGAAAGCGGUCUGUAUCAAUGGGUAAAGGUUUACUAUCGCAUAUGGGCAUAGAUGCUUUUCUAUCGUAUAUUCUCGUUGGAAUUUUGGGUGGUCGUAGUUGAAGAGGAGGGGUGGGAGAACUUCUUUUAAUAUCAACUUCUGGUGCUCUUUGUAGAUCUUCGGGGGCGCUGGGAGCUUUACCGAGAGCAACAUUUUCUUCGACGGUUAACGGAAGAAGACUUCCCACCUUUUGUUUAAAGAAAAGUACAACUAUAAGUUGAAAGAACAAUAUUACUUUCAAUAAACGAAAAAAAAAAAAACAAUUAAGUAUCGAUAGAUGUGCCUAAUUUUGAAAAAAGGAAUAAGCUUCUACCCAAAAAUCUUCAGCACUCCUGGAUACUCUCCUCCUAAGAAUGUGACGCUUGCAUCUUGUCUUCGCCCUGUUCUCUAUCGAAUACCUAGCAGCUGAACUAUACAUCUAAGGGAUCCAAGACGGUAAAAAAGUUUGCGGUGUUUACUGCCGCAUCGAACGUUUCACCCGUAUGCGCGCGUCUGUGUGUGUGUGUGUGCAUUUUAUUCGCAGGAGGCGCGAAUCCGGGUUAGGUUCGUUAACCGAUGAUCGAUUUCUUCUUCCUAAUCGAUUAAUUAUCUUAGGUUUGCCCCUCUAGAAUUCUAUCAAUCUUGCUAUCCGCUGAUAAGGGCUAUCAGUUAACUAAGUUUGUAUGAUCCGAACCCCUUUAGUUUCGCUAGUCUCUAGAGUAACCCGUAAUGACGUCUGACGUCACUGCUUCUGUAUACACUUCUAUUGCCAUCUAAAAGCUUUUCCAUAAUAUAUUAAUAAACGAUUUGGAAACAGUAUUUUUUAAUAGUUCUGUUUCGAGUAAUAUAGCUAUUUCAUCCUUAUCGUUGUUGUUAAUAAUUCCCAAAAGAAUCGUUAAAUCAUUACGUUUACACGGUCAGGCCUUACUAUAUUGAAUGUAGCCUACGAGGGGGCGUUUCUUAUUUAUAAAUGAGACAACAUUAUACAGAGAAGAACUAAUUAAGAACAUAAAUACAUAUUCAUAUUAAGAAUCGGCUAUCUUACUCUUUUUCCUUCUAUUUCCAUUACUCUUUCUCUUUCUCUUUCGUCUUCUAUUCCUUUUCAACAGAUGGCCGAUUUAAAAUCGAAUCGAAUUUUUUUUUUAUAGUAAGACGACCGUUAAAAUAUAGAAAGAAGUAAUUUUUUUCCAAUAAAAAAUAUCCACUAUAAUACUGAUUGCGUUAUAUUUAUCUAGCACUCGUUAUUUAUACUACCCCAACGAUUUAGAACUACCUUUAGCUGAGAAGGCUAAGGAUAUUAAUUUUCUACGUCCAAAGUAUUGUAUUCUCUCUUUCUUUCUCAUUCUCUUUCUCUCCCGCUCA